UCGAAGUGGACAAUAUUUACAGCUUCAGUUCAACCAUGACCACGACCUCUGCUCUCUCUCUCAAACCCCUUCCAAAAGCAACGGCUCCGCCUUGAUUUAUGGCUUUUCAUCUCACAUUCUCCCUAUUUCUACUCUCCCUUCUCCCACAUCCUCUUUACAUUUUCCACUCUCGCUAAAUUAACCUCUCAUUCAUUCUCUUUUACAUGCCUUGAAAGCUUCUGCUGACAUUUUCAGCCAAAAUUUUGGUCCUUUUUGAGAACUUACUAUGAUUUAGAGCAUAACAAUGCAGUCGAUUGUGUUGAUUAACUUCUGGGUUCCUCCCCAAUUUCGGGAUGGAGUCGAUUUUCUAGAGAAUUUUUUGUACUUAAAAUAGGGAUUCAACUGAUUGUCGUCUUCUUUUUAGAGUUGCCAUCUGUAAUUUCAAGCUGUUUUGAGAAGUGGGGUUAUUUGGGUUUGUAAUUCUCAAUGUACAAAAUGAAGGAAUCUGAUCAGAAGUGUAAUUACAGUCAUGAUUGGGAAAUGGGGUUUAGAUUUUCUGAUGAAGAGAAGGUUGAUAAGUUGAAGAACUCGAUUACUGUUUCGAGGUCGAGAGUGAAGCUAUGGAUGACGAGGGCAAUUACAACAGUGCUUUUGUGGACUUGUUUUGUUCAGCUUAUGGCUUUAGGGGAACUAUGGCGGCCCAAGCUCUUCAUUACUUGGCCUUCUCGUUGUUGCCAUUUGGAUUCUCCUUUGGCUCUUCAAUCUUCCUCUUCUUCUCUUCCUUACAAAGUUUUUCUUCCACCAAAAAGGAUUUACAAAAGCAAUGGCUAUCUCAUGGUUUCUUGCAAUGGAGGACUCAACCAAAUGAGAGCAGCUAUCUGUGACAUGGUUGCCAUUGCUAGAUACUUGAAUCUUACUCUUAUUGUUCCAAAUUUGGAUAAAACUUCCUUUUGGGCUGACCCCAGUGACUUUGAAGACAUUUUCGACGUAGAUCAUUUCAUAUUGUCAUUGAGAGAUCAGGUUCGGAUAUUGAGAAAGCUUCCGCCAAGGCUUGAACGAAGAUUUGAGUCGAGAAUGAUUUACUCAUUGUCACCUAUUAGUUGGUCAAACAUGUCAUAUUACCUUAAUCAGAUUCUUCCAUUGGUUCAAAAGUAUAAAGUUGUACAUUUGAAUAAAACUGAUGCUCGACUUGCUAAUAACGGACUGCCGAUUGAGGUUCAGAAGUUGCGGUGUCGGGUAAAUUUUAAUACCCUGAGAUUUACUUCUCCAAUUGAGGAGCUGGGAAGAAAGGUUGUUCAAAUGCUGAGAGAUAAAGGCCCUUUCUUGGUUCUUCAUCUUAGAUACGAAAUGGAUAUGCUAGCCUUCUCUGGUUGUACCCGCGGUUGCAACAAUGAUGAAGUCGACGAACUCACGAGAAUGAGAUAUGCUUAUUCAUGGUGGAAGGAGAAAGUUAUUAAUUCUGAACUGAAAAGGAAGGAAGGUUUGUGUCCAUUGACUCCCGAAGAAACUUCGCUAGUUCUAAGUGCACUCGGGAUCAAUCGUAAUGUUCAAAUAUACAUUGCUUCUGGAGAAAUAUAUGGUGGAGAAAGAAGGAUGGAAACUCUGGCAGCUGCUUUCCCAAAUCUGGUCAGAAAAGAGACGCUGCUGAAAUCGUCGGACUUGAGGUUCUUUCAGAAUCAUUCGUCGCAGAUGGCUGCAUUGGAUUAUCUCGUGUCGUUGGAGAGUGACAUUUAUGUUCCUACUUAUGAUGGGAACAUGGCGAAAGUUGUUGAAGGACAUCGUCGAUUUUUGGGAUUCAAAAAGACCAUUCUUCUAGAUAGAAAGUUGGUGGUUAGCUUAAUAGAUCAGUAUAGCAACGGAUCGUUGGGGUGGGACGAGUUUUCUUCAGCUAUGAAGGAAGGUCACUCUGAUCGUAAUGGGAGCUCAAACAAACGAGUUAUGGAUCCAGAUCGGCCUAAGGAAGAAGAUUAUUUCUACUCGAAUCCACACGAGUGUUUGGAAACAUGGGAAGAGCCAUUGAGAAGCUCAUGAUAUCAUGAAAGUAGACUUUACAACUUGUAUAAUUGCUGAAGAAGUUUGGAGAGAAUUGAUAUCCUCUCCAUGUAGUUUUAGAAAGGAGAGGAGAGGCUUUUGGGUUCAUUGACUUGAAUUAUGAAUAAAUGAGUUAUUAAGAACAUAAAAGCCUCUCCUCUUGAUGCAACCUUUUAGAUUAGCAAAAGUUGUAACAGAGGGAAAUAAUUGGAGCAUCCAAAAUUUUUACAUUCUUCAACAGUGUCAACUCCAAAUUUGAUGGGAUGACAAUUGAAAUGUAGAGGCCAAAUAUCAAUGUAGAAAUCUAUUUUGUUUUUCAUAAACAAAGUAAUAAAUCAUUAUUACUAAUA